GGAGGCCAGUGCCGAAAGAAUUAUUACUCCCUUUUGAACGAUUUGGAUGUAUGUCUAGAGAGGAAGCCAGUGUGCUGCUGUAGUGUUACCUCUAUUGCUUAUAAAUAAGCUAUAAUGUAUUGCGCCUACCCUGUCCCUGGAAUGGGCAGUAACUCUUUAAUGUAUUACUACAACGGGAAAUCGGUGUACGCACCUUCUCCAAAUUCAGAAGACUACAACAGAGAUUCACCUUCUUACUCUUCUCCUAAACCCUCCAGCAGUAUGUUCGCAAGCACUUUCUUUGAUGGUACCCACAGUUCAUCUGACCCGUGGAACUCGUCCAAUGGGAUCAGCCAGUCUGGUUAUGGGGGAAUGCUCGCAGGAUCUUCAUCUCACAUGCCACAGUCAGGAAACUUCAGCAGCCUGCACUCACACGACCGUUUGAAUUACCCCACACAUUCAGUCUCUCCAGAAAUCAGUGCCAGCCUUCCUCCCAUGUCCAGCUUCCACCGGAGCAACACCAGCACUUCACCAUUCGUCACCGCAGCGCACACCCAAUCCGUCAACACAGCCGAUGGGGUCAUGGCUGCUGCAAAUCGAGGGAAUGCCACUGGAAGUUCACAGACUGGAGACGCACUGGGCAAGGCUUUAGCCUCGAUUUACUCACCUGACCACACUAGCAGUAGUUUCCCCUCCAACCCGUCAACACCUGUGGGUUCUCCUUCACCUCUGACAGCCACAGCAGGAGCUGCCUCAGCUGGCACCGUGGUGACUGCAGCCGGCACCCCGUCUGGAAGGCCAGGUAACAACCAGUGGCCCCGUGCGAGCGGACAGACCCCCUCCUCUCCGAAUUAUGAGAACUCCCUUCACUCAUUGUCUCGAAUGGAGGAUCGUCUGGACAGAUUGGAUGAUGCAAUCCUUGUUCUGAGGAACCAUGCAGUGGGCUCAACUACCAGUCUGCCCAGCGACAUACACAGUCUGCUGGGACAGGCGCAAAAUGGGCCAAUAGCAGCCAUUGGAGCUAACUUCCCCGCCUCAGCAUUGGUUCCAAGUCGGACAGCAGCGAUGCAGGGUGGUGCCCACGCUGACGAUGCCGCCAGCCUGAACAGCAGCCAUGGAGGCCUGCCCAGUGCCGGCUCCACAUCCAGCACAGAACUCAACCACCAAUUGGAAACAUUCAGAGCAGGUCUUACUUCAGCCUUGGCUGGCCACAUGCCCACCACCCUGGAGCUGAAGGUGGAGAAACAGGACAAGGACGACAUGCACGACAGCCUCUCCACAGACGACAAGUCCGAUGACGAGAGCGAUAGAAGAGAUAUGAAUACCCCCAGAGCAGGCACACGCACGAGUAUCAAUGAAGAUGAGGGGCUGAAUCCGGAGCAGAAGGCCGAACGUGAGCGCGAGAGAAGGAUGGCUAACAACGCCCGUGAACGGCUGAGGGUGCGAGACAUCAACGGGGCCUUCAAGGAGCUGGGUCGUAUGUGCCAACUGCACCUGAAGAGCGAGAAGCCCCAAACUAAACUGCUCAUCCUCCAUCAGGCAGUGGCUGUCAUACUCAGCUUGGAGCAGCAAGUCAGGGAGAGGAAUCUGAACCCCAAAGCAGCCUGCCUUAAGAGAAGGGAGGAGGAGAAGGUGAGUGGGGGCUCUGGUGACCAACAAGGCCACACAGGAGUUCAUCCAGGCCUGAGUGACGCAUCCAACCCCAUGGGCCACCUCUGAGCAGCAGACAGAUCAAAGUGAUCCACAUCAUUUCUGUCCCGUUUCGAGUCGGUGACCUGGCUUCCCAGCGACAGACGGGACUCACAGAGUUUGUGACACCAAUUGGAGGAGAAAGACCACUUGAAACAAAACCACAAGACUUAACAGAAUCCAGUCCUAUAAGACAGAGAAAGAACCAAGCAUCCAGCUCCCUGUGACCAGUUUCCAUUCGCAAAAAUUCUCCCCAGAAAGAGAAAUCAUCAGCACAUAUCACUGUCUGCAAGAAGUGUGUUGCUUCUGAACAAUCAGAGACUCGCAAUCUCCUCAAACCGUGUGUGGAAGUUGCCUCGUGCCUAAACUGAAUUGACGAAUGCAUUGUAACAGCAAUUGUUUUUGUUUGUCUGUUUCUUUUUUUUUCUAUUUAUUAUGUUAUUGAGCUAUAAAGUGUAUGUCUAAAGGGAAAGUUAAGUACAUUCAAAGAGAAGUAUGCAGCUCUUCAGUCUAUAGUUUGCCAGUGUCACCAUUAAAACUGAGCACUCCACACUGCUAGAUCUUUGGCGAGUCCAGGACGAAUGAGGGGGAAAAUAUUUGGGCACCAACGAGAUUGAGAUUAAUUUAUUGGCCAGUUUAGAGUGAUAACUGAAAAUUAUCAUUAGCUUUUAGAACUGAAAGACUAAAGCGCCCCCAUUAAAAAAAAAGAGACUAUAUUAUUUAUAUUUAUAUUUUAUUAAUUCUGCCACCGGCCACAUCUGUUACCAAAACUACCUGUUUGUUUCUACAUAGUUUAGGUGAGUUUCUGUGCUACUGACCAGUGGAGUAAUAGGCCAGGCUGCAUUAGCAUCACAAUAUUGUAAUAUGUAGGUGACAGACAAUUGGCAAACUCUAGUUUUACUGAAAGCUCAGAUUUAGUCGUUCUUUUUUCCUCCGUAGUGAGCAGUGAAAAUACAGAACCUUAGCAUUCCCUGCAUAUUGUUAGUGUCUUAACUAAAGGACAAGUGGACUUCACUGCCCUUAGGCUUCCGUCGCCAUAUAGUGUUAUUUGUUUAUCCUCCUGACAGUUACACGCUCCUGACGUCAGCACAGAAGAGGCUUUUUUCUUUCUUUCCUUUUUACAUUUUUCCAUCACUAGCUUAUGAUAGAAUGCUUAAUGAAGAAGUGAAGAAGAAUUUAAACGAAUAAAAAACGACGACCACACUUUAUCCUGGCCUGAUGAAGAUUGAUCUACUUUUUCAGUUCUCUUUUCUGUUAAUAUCGCAAGACAUAAAAUUUCAAAAGCAGUAAAGUUAGUUAUGCUUAUUUGUGUUUUAACAGGUCCUUUCUUUAGGCUUCCAGCUUUAUAAUGCAGAGUGAACAUCUAAGUUAUUUUUCAAUGUUUUGAUUCAAGCCGUGAUAUACUCACAGUAAACCAGACUCGACACAUCAUUUGUUUUUGUUAAAUAUCAUAGUGUAGCAUAAUAUUGAACAAAAUCAGUUAUCAGGAUGUUUUAUGUUUCAAGACAUUGCUCAUGGCUUUAUCGAGUUUUUCCCUGUGUGUGCAUGCUUUACGUUUCUCCUUUUAUUAAGUCUUUGGUCUUAAGACUUUAUAUUCCAUUUAUUUCUGUGUAUAUUGUCUUCUAUCAUUAUCAUUAUCUACACCUUAAACAAGGCUGCCACAUUCAGAAUAAGUAUUCUGCAUAAAAAAGGGACUUAAAUUACAAUUAAAGAUGCCACAACAACAGUUUACAUGAAAGAUUUAUCGUUUAACAAACGUUUUGUUUUUGUAAAACAAACCUAAGCAUUUUUUUUGUUGUAUAUCAUCAGACUGAAUACGGCCUUGUUCUUCAUUUCAGUAUUCAAAAGCUUUUAUUCAUGUUGGCACACUUUGAUUGAGGGUAUAAUGUUCGUCACUUCCUGCUCUCUUACCUUCAUUCUUUUUAUUUCCUGUCCUUCAUUUCUUUGCUCCUGUCUGCAAAAAGUUAGACUUUGCUGUAUUCCCAGA